AUGGCGCCAUCUAUCAUCGGAUCUCCUGCUGCGGAGAACACCGUCCCUAUCAAGACAGACUCUGAACCACCCCGUUCUAGCCUCAAAGACCGAUAUCCAGCCUACCUCCCAAUUUGGGACUACGGCGAGAAAUACCCUGCCCUUGAGCCGUUCAACCAUGUCGACCACGGCAAAGAUGCAGAUCCAUCCCUGAAAGACCUCCUAUCGGAAGGAUCCGAGAUCCAAGAGCUGAAACCAACGAUCGGCUCCGAAGUCACAGGGAUUCAGUUGAGCAAACUCAGCUCCGCCGGAAAGGACCAACUCGCUCUUCUCGUUUCCCGACGCAAAGUCGUCGCCUUUAGGGACCAAGAUCUUGCCAGCUUGCCAAUAAAUCAAGCACUCGAUUUCGGAGGAUAUUUCGGCCGACAUCAUAUUCAUCCAACAAGUGGAUCCCCAGAAGGGCAUCCAGAGAUCCAUCUGGUUCACCGACACAAUAACGACUGGGGACUGGACCAAUUCCUCGCUGGGAAGAAUAGCAGUGUAUCCUGGCAUUCUGAUGUUACGUACGAGCAGCAGCCCCCCGGGACGACUUUCUUGUAUAUUCUCGAGGGUCCAGAAGUUGGCGGUGAUACUGUUUUCGUGGACCAGGUUGAGGCUUAUAACCGCCUUUCACCGGCGACCAAAGCAAGACUUCAUGAAUUGAAAGCUGUGAAUUCUGGGUUUGAGCAGGCUGAAUUCAGUCUGGGUCGUGGAGGUGUUGUGAGACGGGAGCCCGUGAAGAAUGAACACCCCCUUGUUCGGACUCAUCCCGUGACGGGUGAAAAGGCGCUUUUCGUGAAUGCUGGCUUCAUCCGCAGUAUUGUUGGCCUUAAGAAAGAAGAGAGCGAUGCCCUUCUAGGUUUCUUGUUAGCACAUGUUGGCCGGGGUAUUGACUACCAGGCGCGCAUUCGGUGGGCUCCCAACACUGUUAUUGUUUGGGAUAACCGUGGCACUGCGCACUCUGCAAUUGUUGACUGGGUCACUGGUGAGCGUCGCCACCUGGCACGUAUCACACCGCAGACCGAGCGUCCUUAUGAAACACCAUACAUCGCGGAAGCGGAGCAAGCAAAAGUUUGA